AUGAAUUUAAAGCAUCUGAAUACCAUUUCUUCGGAAUGCUCUGAAAUCGAGAGUGAUUAUGAAUGGAAACAAGAUGAUCAAAGUCCAAAAGAAAAAUCUACUAAAAAAAGUGACGUACAGGAAAAUAGUUGGAUCACUGAUGUCAAAUCUCUGGACUGCUUUUUUGAUACAUUUAGUUCAAAGCCAAGCGGGAAUAAAGCAACGAAAAGUAGUCAGAAUAAUAGCUACAAAAUAAAUGAGCUUAAUCCUUACUUGAAAGAUGGAGGGAGUGGUUUGCCAAAUAGUGAGACUUCUUCAAAAUCUGUUUUGACAGACCAUAAUAAAUCAUGGUUGUAUAAGUCAUUCAUUCGUUGUGUUGACACAUCUAGGGAGACGGGUGUUAGUUUAAGAAAUGUAUUGCUUCAGCGUUGGGACGAAGAUACCGUGAAUGAUAUGUUGAAUAGAUUCGGAGAUAGACAUGAAAAUGACAAAUGUUCCAGAACGCAGUGUAAUUCUAACACAUUGGACAUGAAACCACGUUGGCGUAAAUGCCAGACUACUAAUCCUACUACUAAUAAAAAUGAAAAAUCAUCGUCUCAUUUACAUUCAAAAAGAGUUUAUUCGCCCGAGGAUAUUGAAUCAUUAUCAAGGCAAAAAGAAUUAACCACGGAAUCAGAAAAUUCCAUCAAUGAUUGUCAAAGAACAUUUGAAGAACGUUUAGUUACAAAUGAUGACAUAAAUUCAGUCGCUGCUAAGGUGAUGCGAGCAGAAUUGGAGUCGAAUCACGUGAAAGUAGAAAAAUUAAAAGCAAAUUUAGAAAAAUUACGUGAAGCUAUGCGUCGUGGUAUCAAAGUACGAAUUCAUACUGUACAAAAGAAUAAAACAAUCCAUAAUCAGUCAGGAGAUAAUCAGUCUAAAAUAAUUGCAUUAACACGUUUAAAUGAUCAAGGUAUUGAAAUACCAGUACAUAUACGUAAUCUUCCAGGAACUUCGCAUACCAAUGAUAAAAACUUACAACGUUUUAAAUCUCAUGACUCAACUGGACAACGAAUAGCCUUCUUCCCAGAAGAUAAUGAAGACCAACAAGUUGCUGAUAUGAUACGUGAUGAACGUUUACAUUCAGCCAGUGAUAUGGAUUUUGAAUUUUCAAGACUUGCUAGAAAGAGUGUAGAAGAUGAAUACACUGAUGCUUUUGUGAAAAAACGAGUAAAUGCUGAAAAAGAAGCUAUUAAAUGUAAACAGGAUGCUGUAUCAUCUUAUAAGAGAAGAGUAUUUGCUGAAUCAAAGUGUUUAACUUGUCUAGAACGUGUUCCUAAAUAUUUAAUUGUUAGUCUUGGUGAAAAGGUGUUUUUGUCUUUACCUUCCCAUAUUAGUAUGACACCAGGUUAUUGUUUACUUACACCUUAUGAACAUAUCAGUUCAACUACUCGACUAGAUGAAGAUGCAAUAAAAGAAAUUCGACAUUUCAAAUAUCAACUAACAGUAAUGUUCGAAGAGCAGUACAGUCAGUCAGGUUGUGUUUUCAUUGAAACUGCUAGUAAAUCGGAUACUAUUCGUCAUCAUGCACAAGUGGAGUGUAUUCCGGUUCCCAAAAAAUUAUACAGCUCACUACCUGCUUACUUUAAGAAAGCCUUAAGCGAAAUUGGCUCUGAAUGGGAUCAAAAUCGUCGCCUGAUCACAUUAAAACCGGGUGGAUCUGGCGCGUAUGGUGCAAUUCCUCCGAAAUUCGCUUAUUUAGCUGUAGAGUUCGGUACUACAAAUGGUGGUUUCGCACGUAUUUUAGAUGAAGAACACGAAAUAUCUUCAUAUUCUGGACGUGAAAUUAUAGCUGGUGCACUAGACAAAGAGCCUCGUCUAUGGCGUAAACCAAAAUUGGAGAAUUUUGAACAUUUACGUCAAAAAGUUGUAACUUUUGAAAAUCUAUGGCAUACAUACGAUAAAUGGCAACCGAAUAAACUGAAUACUCAUUCUUCAAAUGAUGCAGAAAUAAUUAAUGAUGGAGAGUCAGGUUCAAACAACAGUGAAUUUGAACCAGAAGGUCCAGCUUUACCUCCAGGAUAUUGA